CGGAGUCGCUCGUGUUCUGCACAACUUUGACGUUCUGCUUUCAACAACUAAUUACGCUAAAAGACCAACCCAUUCUGACAGAGUUGGCUGAAGAUGUUGGACCGGUGUUCACAAAUUUCAUAAAUCGAUACCGUAAGCAAGGGAUUAGGUUUAGUCAGAAUUUUAUUUACGACGAAAAGUUGGAACCUGAGUGCCUGAAGAGCUAUAUUCGGAUCUUUCAAGGCAUUGCUGACCUAAAACCUUGGGCAAUAAGAUUUUUCGACGCAGCUGGCUUUUUCACUUCAAACAUAUUUGAAGGACGUAUGAUUGCACAUGGCAGCUAUGAUGAGUGCCUUGCGAUUCGAGUGCCCAACAAGGAAGACCCGAGCAAGGUGGACUUUAACGCCCAAUAUUGCACCCUCGGCCUUCAUAUUGAAAGGCAACCGACUGUUCGACGUAACCUUGAGGGUUUCGUUCAGGCCGACAAGUACCUCAAGCACUACCUAACGAAUAUAACGUGGGUACUUAAUCUUGUGGAUCGAAUACCAUUGAUUCGUCGAAUGGCUCUCUGCCUGCCCUCCACAUGUUCGCCAGAUAUUGUUCCGCAUUUCAUCGAAAAACUUUUGGGCAAGUACGGUGUCAGCUCUAGCAUCCUUGGCUGUCGUAAUGUGCUUGAUGAAAAACCGUAUCCGACGGGAACAUACGCCGCAAUCACUGUAACGUGUGUACUCGUUGCGAUUGUAUUUGCGGCUACCCUCGUUGAUUAUUUAGUUCCUCUUCAGAACAAAGUGUCUGCAGAAGCGGUCAACCUCGUGCGAUGUUUCUCCGCGCGCGCGGCAACCAGACGAUUGACGACGGUUGACAGAGAGGCGGAACACAGCCAUCUUGAUAGCAUACAUGGCAUUCGAGUUCUUAGCGCUUUGUGGAUCUUGCUGUCGCACACUUACGCGACUGACCCUGGAAAUCUGGACAGGCCUUACCAUUUGUUCGCAUUGUUGCAGGACCCUCGAUUUACGGUCGUCACUCAAGGCAUUUACUCUGUCGAUACGUUCUAUACGCUGACCGGGAUACUCUUCUACAGGAACAUGACUAUUGAAAGAAAACGCUUCCAGAACAUUAGCGUAAUUCCUUUUUCAAUCGUCGUUGUGUUCCGGAGAGCCAUCCGUUUAUUGACUCCAACGCUUGGCGCGCUGUGCUUGUUAUACCUCCUGCCAGCCUUCGUAACCGGGCCCUCCAUGGACUAUAUGUAUAAUUAUUUUACAAAUAAUUGUGCCGAAAGAUGGUGGUAUAUUCCACUGUUCAUCAGCAACCUGCAGACGCUGGAUGAAGCCUGCAUUUUGCACAGUUGGUACAUGGCAGCCGAUCUGCAGAUGAUCUGCAUACUCACUCUACCCGUACUAGCCCUUAUUGCUUGGCCACGUAAGGGAAUAUGGCUAAUCGGAGCUAUCGCUGUAACAUCGAUCAUUUACGCCGGAUCAAUGUUGAUCAUCUACGAAACUACUCCUACUAUAUUAUUUACACCGCUGACUCUGUCAAACGCGAUUCUGUUCAGUAUAUAUCAGCAUGUGUCAUCGCUGGCCCACCUAUCAACGAUGUGUAUAGGCGUUCUUGGAGCCUACCUCAUAGAGCACCAUCGCGAUAUCAAGGCCCGACGGUCCCUCUUCGUCCUUGGCUGGAUCUUCUGUAUCAUUAUUACCUCAACGAUCGUAUUCUUUCCGUUUAAAUGGCAUUUCAAUGGCAAUUACGGCUUCGGAGAAGGUCUUGCUUACGUGACGUUGUCUCGGCCAGUAUGGGCGGCUUGCAUUGUUUGGGUCUUAUACGCUUGUGCCGCUGGGUAUGGUGAGCCGGUACGCACAUUAUUUAAUCGGCCCAACGUCGUUAUACUCAGUCGAUUAUCGUUCUGCUUUUAUCUUGUAUCAUCUACGCUUGUACUCGUGAAGAUGUUCGCGGCGAGAACGGCCACAGCGUUUACUCACUUUCAAGAAAUGCGAGAUUUCUGCGCCGAUAUGGUAUACGGUUACAUUGUGGGCUAUGUUCUAUUCUUGUUAUUCGAGGGGCCGACAUACGCUCUCGAUAAGUGGAUCGUGAAUCUGUGCUCCCGUAAACGGUCCGUGGAGCAAAACGGGCGUAGCAUUCCGAUCUGUGACUACAACGAGAGGACGAAAUCGUGCAAGGGUGAAGUCUCUCGUACCGUUGAGAACAGUAUUUUAAGCUAUGUUAAAAGUCGCUUGUAACUAGUAGGCAUCGAGUUAUUUGUUCCCGCAGCGCCAACUCCUAGUUCUACAAAAAUUCAGUAUAGGAAAUAAUAGCCGUCUGUACAGCCCUGCUCGUUUGCUGCGUUUGUCAUGGUACUUGGUAUCAUACAUGACCACGUUAACUAAUGGCCUUGACUGAUCGGUCUAGAAAAUUUGGGAACUAUACGUAAUAUAUGACAAAAAAAAUAGUGCAACACAUGGAAAUCUAACCUGUGUUCGUACAUAUAUAUAACUUACCAGAUAAGUUGACCUUUCAAAGAAUAACCUCCAAAAUAUCGACGAGAGCACGCAUAAUCUCAUGCCACAUUGUAUAUUCGUGUUAUUGUUAUGUAAGUGUGAAGCUUUUAAAUAGGUAUAGCAUUGCAGAUAUGAACGUCGGACUUCUGCGUUAACGUUUUACACGCAUACGAGUGAGUAAUGGCAUCGACAUAUGAUCCGAGUGACUGAAAGGCUAGCACCUACGAAGCCCUGCUCCCAUCUAAGAUUCGAUAGGACUCCCGAUAGGUAGCUAGAAGGAUAAAAGAGACAAAAAAAUGAUUAUGUCUGAUGUGAUAUAAAUAAUUACAUUAGACAGGUAUCGUUUAUAAAAACACAUAAACCUUUUUUGUGUAUGUAGAAUAUAUAUAUAUACAUACAGCCUCCGCCUACAGGAAAAGGAUAAGAGUAAAUGCGUGCGCUUUGUGGAUAAAUUUAUGAAACAAUUGUGGCAUUAAAUAA